GCCCCGCCGCGGAAGCCUCGCGAGAUCUGCGAGGCGGCGGCAGCGAUGUGCGGGGGCUGCGUGGGCACCGAGUACCCGGAGCGGGGUACCACCUGCCUGGAAGCCGGCUCCUUCCUCCUCAACUUCGUGGGGUGCGCCGAGUGCGGCCGCCGGGACUUGGUGCUGCUCAGCAACCGCGCGGCCGGGCUGCACGGCGGGGAGGAGAUCGUCACCUACGACCACCUCUGCAAGAACUGCCACCACCUGAUUGCCCGCCACGAGUACACCUUCAGCGUGGUGGAUGAGUACCAGGAGUACACCAUGCUGUGCCUGCUCUGCGGCCGCGCCGAGGACUCCGUCAGCAUCCUGCCCGACGACCCUCGCCAGAUGACCCCCCUCUUCUGAAGAGGCCUGGGUCUGCCUGAUGCUCGAUGCUGCCGCAGCCCCGCAGCCCCAACCCCAGCUGCAGGGAUGGGGUGAAGCACCGCAGCCCAAACCCCGCCCUUUAUGCUGAAGAAGGGGGCCCAGCCUGUUGUCACCCCAGAAAAGCCCACCUUGGCAGCCCACGUGCGUGGGGGCAAUAAACGUGACGUGUUACAGCUCA